UAUUGACGAACAUUAUUUUAUUUAUUAAUGCAAAUACUGUAUGUUAUGUUAAUAUUGAUAUUAACAUAUCAUACACCGUUCUAACAGUAGGGGGCAGCAGUUUUGAACUCAGGAAGGAUCCACUCCUCGAAUGAACUGUCCGACCGGAAGUGAUCUUAUUUUGACACUUUUUGUUGACAUCCGGUGAUGUGACACGGCAAGACACUUUGGGCUACAAUCUCGUAAAUGACAAUAACAUCAUGAAUUUGUGUGGACAUGAUAUAUCAUCUCCAGCGUGCAGGCUAACGCAUGUUAGCUGUUAUGAUAUGACGACGAGGGAAAAGAUGCUUGGAGCAGGGGAAUAGCCUUGAUGACGGUAACAUCUGACUGAAAGGACUCACCAUACAGCAGGUUGGGGCCAUGAAGGCAGGGAAAAUUAGAGAGUGUGUUCUCUUCGAGGACCUGGAGUUUCCCUCUGAUGAGUCGUCCCUGUUUUGUGACAGCUCCACGCCCAUCUCCAGACUCCAGGGCCAAAUCACUUGGCUCCGCCCACAGGAGAUCUGCCGAUCACCGGUUUUAUUUCCUCACAACAUCCAUCUGAGGCAUGCCAAGCAAGGCUUGUUGGGAGAUUGUUGGUUUCUGUGCGCAUGCUCGGUGCUGCUCAAGAACAAACAUCUUCUGGACAGGGUAUUUCCUCCGCACCAGCCCUUGUGGAGUGACAGCAACUACAGAGGCUCUUUUUACUUUCACUUUUGGGAGUUGGGACACUGGACAGAGGUGACCAUCGAUGACCGCCUGCCUUGUGUCGAUUCGGCUCUCUGCUUCUCACACUGCCACGCCCCCUCUGCCUUCUGGGUGGCUCUGCUGGAAAAAGCAUAUGCCAAACAUCGCGGCUCAUACGAGCGACUGUGGGCCGGGCAGGUGUCUGAGGCCUUGGUGGACUUAACCGGAGGUCUUGCAGAGUGUUGGAGCUGGUCUCGCUUUGGUUCAGAGGAGGAGCAGCACACAUCAGAGAAGAACCACAACCAGGCCAUGAAGAAAAGGCUGAAACUGGACCUCAUCUAUCCACUGAGAGCCACUUGUGCACUCAGUUGCUCCACCCAAAGCAUCCCAGGAGGCAACGAGCUGGGUCAGCACCAUGCCAUGGCUGUGGUGGAGUGGCUGGAUGUGAAGACGCUAGCAGGAAGCCCGGUGCGACUGUUCAGGAUCAGAAACCCAUGGGGGAGGUGCUGCUGGGGCGGAGCCUGGACAGAGGGCGGUUCGGGAUGGCAUUUGCUGGAUUCAGUCGAUGCUUUGGACAUUCAAGCCAGGGCGGCUCAGGGUGAAUUCUGGCUGGAUGAGACUGAAUUUUUCUCCCAGUUUGAUGAUGUCACAGUAGGCUACCCCAUCACUGAGGAAGGGCACCUGCAAAGUAUCUACACUGGAAACCUUCUGCCUCACCGCCAUCACCUGGCCGGACGCUGGGUAAAGGGCCUCUCAUCCGGUGGAAGUCGAAACAGCAGCAUCUACGGCACUAACCCAAAGUUCUGGCUCAAGAUGUGCGAAAAAGGCGAGGUUAUCGUAUCUCUGCUGCAGCACGGGAAGCCAAGACACUUUGCAAACACGGAAGACGACGUGAGGCGCCAGCACUGCCAGGCCAUUGCGUUACACAUGUGGAAGGUGGAGAAGAAACGUUUGAAUCUGAGCCGUACUUUGAACAAAGCGCCAUGUGCUUCUACUCACUGCCACGCCCACCAGAGGGAGGUGGUGCUCCACGGGCUACUGGAGCUCGGACACUACCUUGUGAUCCCCAGCACCUACCGACCAGGAGCGGAGGCCCGCUUCCUCAUCAGGGUCUUCUCCUCCUCUACCUCAUCUGUCAGUGCCCUGAAGAACCCAGCACCUCUCCUGCCAUCAAUUACAAACGGAGAGUGGGAGACCAAUCACUUCCGGGGCUCGUGGGUGGAGGGAAGGUCCGCCGGAGGAAGCAGGAACUUCCCGUCCCACGUCCACAAUCCUCGCUUCCCAUUUACCGUUUGUGACGAGCCAAUUUUGCCGGGCCUCAACGUGAAGGUGAACCUGCGCCAGAACCGUGCCGACGCUGAUCUGCUCCCCAUCGGCUUCCAUAUUUAUAAGAUACCAGCCGGGGAGCAAAAUCAUUCCAUCCCCAGUGAGGACCCCGUCGCCAGUUGUGUUCCCCACUGCUACACUCAGGAUGUCAGCUUGUCCUGCGCUCUUCCACUUGGAGUUUACCUCGUCGUGCCAUCCACAUACCAGCCGAACUGCGCCGCAGACUUCACCAUCAGCCUUGCAAGGAGAAUCCACAGGAGAGUUGUGAAAAGCCAGGAGAAGCUGGGAAGAGCCAUUCAGGAGGUGUCUCACAUCGCUGUGAUGCAAAGCUAGCCGUCUUUGCCGCUUCACUGACGUCGGCCGGAUGAUGAAAGGACUCCCCCUCUGCCCUCCCCACAGAGACUUGUGUGUGUGUGUGUGUGUGUGUUGCACAUGACUUAGUGAGAAUGUGUGAGUUGUGGGAUGGGAGCUUCCCUUCAUCCCCAAAAGCUGAAUCUCUGGACCGAUGGGCAGCAAGGCACUCAUUGGCCAUUAGGACAUCAGAGGUUGUCGGUGGGCUGGGCUGCUAAUGAACUAUGACGGGACUGGCUGGUGUAAACAAACAGCCGCCAUUGAAGAAAGCCGCCACUGCUGUUGCUCAUUCAGUCAGUGAUGCGCCCGCCGGACCUGAACAAAGGCUCCUCUCAUGAAGGUCCUCACAGAAGCGCUGCGGGCAAGGGGUGAGGGGUUGCUCUGCCACCACUGAGCCAACCAAAUUGCACCGCGACAUAACCGUGCCAUACCAAGCCAGGGUUGUCUACCAAUCCCCCCCCCCACGACAGCAAUGAAAUGCUUUCUGGACGUUCACACUGUCAGCAACAUCCAUACAGCAGGAUGUGAUGUCUGAAGCCAUCCACAACCUCCAGCUCCCUUUUCCGUCCCCCCUCGGACCACCGCUCUGACCCAAACAGAGCCCCCCGAAGUGGCGGCGAGAGCAGAUGACGAGCAGCGAGAUGUGAGGGAUGAAACAAGAGCUGCGGCACAUCAGAGGAGGUCGGCCCGUGUGAUGAGGGUGCCAAUUGGUUUUGUGUUGAGGCUGUGCGCCUUUGGCAGCCGGUUUGCCUCUUGCUCAUCCACCAUAUCUGUCCUUCUGAUGAUUGACUCACUGGGAGACAGUGCCAAGUUAAAGAAUAAAAGGAGAGUUGUGUUGUACUUCUCAUUUUAAAGUCCAUGUGAAAAAGAAAAAGUUUAUGAAGUUGCGCAAGUGUGAUGCUAGCAAUGAUUGCCCACCUGCUAUGUAUACAUGGAAUUAAAAACA